AGAUGUUCUUUGUGACUCCUGCUCUGAGUUCUUGGACAUUGACAAGAGAGCUGUGAAGACCUGUCAGACCUGCAGCAGCUCCUACUGUGAGAAGCACAUCAGGAAGCACUACACUGAAGCACGCUUUCAGACACACCAGUUAGUGGAUGUGCCAGGAGAUCUGGAACUCUGCCAGGAUCAUCUCAAGCCCCUUGAGGUGUUCUGCAGGACUGACCAGGUGUUCGUCUGCAGUCAGUGUUCUGUGACAAAGCACAGACGACAUGACAUCCAUCAUCAGACACAACAAGCUGGAGGAAAGCGCUCUGCUGGAGUGGCUGCCCAGAGACCACGUUUGGUUCAUGGUAGAUUUCUGGCUUCUAAACGCUUCUUUUUCCCCAAUUCCCAAUUCAUUCAGUUUCAUCACUUCAAGGAAUAGUUAGGAAGUCAUCCAAAUCCUAUAUUUGUUUUCUUGUUUCCAUGUCAGUGCUGCCCCCUCCUGGACAGAUCAGCUUCCUGUCAGACUUUGUGACUCUGACCACCUCCUCACUCAGCAUCACUCUCUCUGACCUGAGACCUGCCUCUGAGUACUCUGUCCGUGUCUGCAGUCCGCUAGACAACAGGGAGAAGAGUCCACCUGUGUUACAGACCUUCUCCACCAGAGUUCCACCACCAGCUGACUUGACCACAGAGCAGGUACAGCCCUCCUCUGUGACCCUGCGCUGGACCAAGGCUGGAGGAAUGGAGACAAUCCCACAUCACUUCCUCAUAACCUACAGCAGCCCAGGAACAGAGUCCCAGACAACACAGACUGCAGACUGCUGUACAACCCUGACUGACCUGCUAUCUGGUACUCAGUACACAGUUGGAGUCUCAACUGUGCUGGAUCAUGGAGGAGAGAGUGAACCUGUCAACACAACUAUCUGCACUAGUAUCCCUCCUCCAGACAAGCUGACAGUUGUCUCAGUGGACGCCACUGAGACAACUCUUCCUCAUAACCUAGUCAGCCCAGGAACACAGUCCCAGACGACACAGACUGCAGACUGCUGCACAACCCUGACUGACCUGCUAGCUGGUACUCACUACACUGUUGGAGUCUCCACUGUGCUGGAUCAUGGAGGACACAGUGAACCUGCCUCUACAACCAUCAUCACUGAUUCUAUUCUGCACAGGACACUGGAGAGUUUGGGAAUACGAUGUUUCUUAGACAAUAAACUGACUGUUGAUAAGGUGAGAGAGAUCGGUGAGGAUGCUGCUUCUGGUCAAACUGCAACUGAUCGCCAAUCACAAGUACUGCUGUUCUUACGAAGACUGUUGAUGAUGAACAUGAAAGCAAGAAGUCUAACAUGGCACAACAACCAAGAUUCUGGUUCUAAUGACAGUUUGUCAAGUGAAGAUGAAGAGGUGCCUGAUGAGGACAUUAACCCUCUAGACCUGAUAACUGCUCUCUUCCUGUGCUCAGAUGGUAUCUUGCAACAAGAGCUCAGUCUUAAAUUAUCCCUGUGUCAGUUUGCUGUUCCUCUCCUGCUGCCUAACCCUGAAACCCAGCAGAGCACUCUGAUGCUGUGGGCCAUGCGGGACAUAGUGAAGCAGUCUAGACCUCACACUCCAGGAGACUCAAAAGAGUAUGUAGAGAAAAGUAUUGUAGAUACUGAAAUUCCAUUGAUUUCUUUUGUCAGACUUGGUAGCAGCAGCUUGUCAAAGUCAAAGUUUCUAAAUGAGCUUCUCAGCAAUUCCUCACAGAUCAACAGCACAUUCGUCCACCAUAACAUGACAGAUGGAAAUACACCAAGACAGAUCUCUGAUGGUUUAGUAGAAACAAGCUGGUACCUGCCCAGUGGAGACCCAGGCAUUGAUGUCUUCUCUGAACCUGUGGCUGUGGCUAAUCUGCGUGGGGAUCUACAGAAAUAUCAAACUCAGUUUGCUUUCCUCUCUCAAAUAUCAUCUGCUGUGUUUGUUUUUUGUGAUGAUCUGAGAUUUGAUGCUAGUAUUGUGAGACUACAAUCUAUGAAAAAAAGGAAACUCUUUGUUGUUUGUGAUUCUCAGUCUCAAAGCCAUGAUAAAGCCAGUUUUAAGAAACUUAAGGCUGAGCUCAAGAAAAACAGUAUUGGGGUAAUAAAGAAGGACAUAAACAUGAACGAUGCAGCUCUUGUGAAGAAGCUACGCUCUGCGGUGAAAGAUGUCUUGAAGUCUAAACCUCUCACUGUUAAAGGGAACAGAAUGGCUGAUGUUGCACAUGAGUUGGGUAUCAUAGUUGAUGAGGACUACAGUCCAUGUAAGAGUGCAAAAUCUAAAGCAGACAAAAUAACCGCAAAUGUCUUUGACAUACCUGAAUACAAGGACAGACAGUUGCCUUUACAGCAGGACACUUGGAAAAAGCUGACUGCACUGGAAAAAGAAGAAUGCAAGCUUAAAAAAGCAGGAGACAAAGACAUUGAUAAAUACAAGAAGGAACUCAUGAAAGACAAAGAGACACUGAGGAAGAAGCAAGUGGAGAUAGGCAUGAGUCCAAGCAUCAAAGAUUUCAUUGCGGGUUUGAAAACUUCAGAAGAGGAGCGCUCUUAUUUCCUCAAGUGGAUGAAGAUCAACCUGGAUGAUUUAUCUAGCACACGCUUGUCUGACCUCAGAAGGAAGUAUCGAGACAUAUGUCAGAAAUCUCCUGAAAGAAAAGACCUCAUUGCAAACUUAGAUGAACAGAUAUUGAACAGUUCCUUGGGUACAGAACAUUUCUUCAGGGAAGUUGGUCAGCUAUAUGAGGCAGCCAUGUUCUCUGCUGACCCGAAACAGGAACUUCAAGAAUUGCCAAGAAUCUGUGCUGAGUUAAUGUUGGCUAGCUCUCCAUUAGAACUCAUGGAUGGAGACACAUCUAACAUCCCAAUGAAGUGGAUAACCAAUGUUCUGAAGGAACUUGACUCUCUCACCAAACCCAACAACAAGAUUAAAGUGAUCACAGUAUUGGGGGUUCAGAGUUCAGGGAAGUCCACUCUCCUCAACACCAUGUUUGGGGUUCAGUUUGCUGUCAGCAGUGGGAGAUGCACCCGAGGUGCCUUCAUGCAGCUCAUCAAGGUCAAACAUGAGUUCAGAGAUGAGAUCAAGUGUGACUUCAUCAUGAUCAUCGACACAGAAGGUUUAAAGGCUGUAAAGUUGUCACAGAUAACUGACAACUGUGAACAUGAUAAUGAGCUGGCCACCCUCGUAAUAGGACUGAGUCAUUUCUCCAUCGUAAACAUUGCGAUGGAAAACAGCUUGGAUAUGAGAGACCUCUUGCAGAUUGUAGCUCAUGCCUUCAUCAGGAUGAGAGAGUCAGGAAAGAUGCCUUGUUGUCAGUUUGUACACCAAAAUGUGACAGAUAUUUCAGCUCCUGACAAAAAUCUUAGGGACCAAAAUCUCCUGUUAGAGCAGUUAAAUGAAAUGACAAGAGUUGCAAGCAAGAUGGAAAAGAUUGAUGAAUGUGAUUUCACUGACAUCAUCAUGUACAAACCUGAGGAAAACUGCAACAUCCCUGGUCUGUGGCAUGGUAGUCCACCCAUGGCUCCUGUCAAUGAGGGUUAUAGUGCAGCUGUGGCCAAGCUGAAGCAGCAGUUGAUCAACACCUUAAAGUUAACUGCUGUGCAAUCUGCUCAAACCCUUCCAGAGUUCUGUCAGUGGUUAGAACAGCUAUGGGCAGCAGUUAAAAAGGAGAAGUUCAUCUUUAGCUUCCGCAAUACCCUUGUGGCUCAGGCGUACAAAAAGCUGUGUGUGGAGUUUAGCCGAUGGGAGAGGAAUUUUCAAAAACACAUGUACGACUGGCUGAUGACUGCAGAAAUAAGGGUGGCAAACUAUGGUUUGAAUGAAUCUAAGAAAAUAGAUGGCCUGUGUACUAUCUUACAAGAGUUGAGAGUUGAUUCAUGCAAGGAGUUAAAAAAUGAACAAAAGGUUUUUAUCAACAACAUUGAAGAAUAUUACAAAAAAGAGCAUGGGAACGUUGAUCUGAUUGAGAAAUAUAGGGAAGAAUUUAAGAUAAGUGCAGAAAAUCAAGUUAGGUUGACGGACAUGACUGUGAAAAGAAAACUGGACGUUGCUGUGGAAGUGAGAAAAUGUACAUUCAAGUUAGACCACGUAAAAAGAACCAAUAGAGAAACUCUGGACAAGAAAGUGUCUGACCUUGUAAAACGAUGUGAUAGAGGGGACCAGCCAAUGACUGACCAGGAAAUAGAGCAAGAAUUUGAAAAGAUGUGGGACAAAACCAUAGAAGAGCUCUCAAUGUUCACUCUGGAGCAUCAAAAUGUUGCCUUAGAUAUCUACAAUGAUCUUAACAUGAACUUUGGAAGAGAAUGUUCAAACAUUCUGGCCAUGUUGGAAAACGCUAAGCCUAUAGACAAAUGUGGGAAUGGGAAAUUACAAAUUCUGAAAGAUGAACAUUAUUUAACUAUGACCUUUAAGAAAGCAUUAAGCAGAGAAUCAUAUGAAAAUGAGAAGAUAAAGGCAUCAAAGACACAAGAGUUAGCUGAUGAAAUCAUUAACAAGUGCAAGAUGUUUAUAGCAAACAAGUUGAAGGAAAGAAAAGACUACCACUCUACUCACACCAGGGAACUGCUUGACUUAAUAGAGGAGAACCUUAGACUACACAGUAACUUAAACAUCAGUGCUGAGAAUGCUGCAGCUCUGAAAAUACACAUCUGUGGAUAUGCAGCGAGGGAAUUCCAGAGCAUGCAUGAUGCUUUCAUCAGAGACAAUGACCCACGACAAAACCUGGAGAAAUUGAAACCACAGUAUCUCAAGGACUUCAAGGACCUUUACGACAGGAAAGAUCUGUGCAACAGGAAGGCUGAUGAGUUCACUAACCAAAGUAUCAAACCUGCAAUAAUAUCCUACAUCAACAACCAUCUUGGACAAAAUAUAUUGGAAGUACUCUCCAACUGUGGUGAGUUCAGAUCAAGAACAUCUUUUCAGUUCUCUAUGAUGAAAAGCCUGAUAUCAUCAGACUUUCCCACAUUCCAGAAGUGCAUUGAUUCCUAUGAUGAAUUCUCAAAUGAGUUCACACUCAACUCCAUGGUGAGACAUCUCUCAAAUGGAAAUAGCAGCCUUGCAAACAUCCAGGUGAAACUCUUGAAAGAAAUAUGUUGUAAGAUAAAAAAGGCUGUUUCACAGGUAUCACAGAAAAUAGGUGAUGAUGGAAAUGAUCUUACAGUCAUUCAGUUCAUCCAGGAAUUAGUCUCUGAACUGUCUUCUGUUCUGGUCAUUCUCAAUGAAACAACAGGAUUGAAAUGGCAGAAUUCCAAGACCGAAGAAUUCUCCAACAUGUUUAAAGAAUGUAUCCCAAAAAUGGAAAACGGCCUCAUAAAGGAGUUUCAUAAUAAUCUGGACAUACUGGAAACAUUGAGCAGUUUACCUGACCCUCCUCAAGACCAGCUAUACAGUAGAUUGCUAGGCUGUGGGAAACAGUGUCCAUACUGCAAGGCACCCUGCAAUGUUGAAGGGAAAACUCACACAAAGCACUGUGCUUUUCAUCGACCUGAAGGACUUGGUGAUGGCAGGUGGAGAUCGAACAGAUGGUGGAAAUUGCCCGGAUGGAUAUUAGACAAUAAAAUUCAGACAGAAAAAUGUGUGUUUAGAUUUAGAAAAAAAUCUGGGCUCCUGUUUAUUAAUAGCUUAAUUUUCCCACUUUAUGUAUCUGCUUUGGUACAAUAUUUGAACAAUGAAGAGGUGUGGAACUUUCAGCCCUUCAACAGCACAAUCUCAGGCCACUGGAAGUUCCUGUUGGUGAAACAUAACAAGGAGUAUGCUGAUAAUCACAGUGCCCUGCCAGCCGAUAUACCAGAAGACUGGAAAGAAAUCACAAGCGAACAGGCUUUGCAGAGCUUGACAGAGGAAUAUUACCCAGACACAGAAGAUCAAUUAACAUAGCAUGUGAUACAGAAUUGGAAUAGUGACAUACAAGCAGUCGAUCGGUCCUUUUACAUCAGACCUCAAUUUGUCAGCUAUCGAGCUCACUGUCAAGAAAGACAACAUGUUUAAAUUGUACCCUAAAUCAAUAAUGACUCAGAGACCUAACAAUAAAUGUUAUACUAACUGUAAAUACAAUUAAAUCAAAGUACUAGUGAUGUAUUGUAACAUAUUCAAAACACAGGAUAUGAACAUACUGUAUUGAUAAUGCAUGAUCAAAUAACUUUGCUUCAAAUAAUAUAGUAGUUUUGAAGAAAAAACAUUUGAGAUACAUUUUCAAUCAAUACAUUUUAAUAAUAUGGAUAUGUGGAUGUGUUUGAGGGAUUUUCCCCCCAAAAUUGUUAAAUGUUUUAAGUUUUCUAAGUGAAUAAUUAGUGAAUAUGUGUAUUAUUUGUGGUUUAGGAAAACAAUAUAGGGAAUAUGUAUAGCUAAGUGGAAGAGCAAUUAACCAAGAGAUUGCAGGUUCAAUCCCCACCUGUAUGUCUAUUUGGGUACAUGUGUCUUCCAAAUGUAUACACCAAUAUUAUUAUGUACACAUGUUUUUGAUAUUUGAGUUUUGAUGUGUUGUCUUAAGAUGACAGGACCCUAAUAUGGAGAUCAAUAUGUUUUGAUAUGACAGUAUAUCAUUAUGUUUUUAUAUAACAAUAUAUCCUUAUGUUUUUAUAUGACAAUAUAUAAUUGUUUUUAUAUAACAAUAUAUCAUUAUGUUUUUAUGGUUGUGUUUUCUACAUCUCACAUGAAUAAUUGUUUAUCAUGAUGAACAUAUAUUGUUCCUAUUAUUUUUCUGAAAAUGUGUAUUGAUUUUUAUGUAAUUUAUGCCUGUACAGUUUAUACAAAAUGCAUACAUAUGAAAAAUACGUACUCAAUAGUUCACUUUUGAAUGUCUGAUAUUAAGACCUUAAACAUGUGUUUAAUGAUUGUUUAGUGGGAUUGUUUAAAUGUGUUGUCCCAUUGUCCUUUUUCUCAAGGGGAUCAACAUUUAUCAUAGAAAAUAUGGUCUUGUGAUUUAGCUAUGGAUAUGAUGAUAAAAAAAAAAAGUGUUUUGUGAUAAUAUCAAGGCCUCAAUAUUAUAGAAUUAAAUCAUGUUUUUGUGAAAUUCUUAAAAUUACCAUGUUUGUAGAAGAUCUAUGUCCUAUUGGAAUGGAUGUUUAUCAUAUAUAUAGUUAAUUUCUCUUUUCUUAAUGUUUUUUUUCUUGUUGAUACAUAAGAUACAUAUAAGUGGUGAACAUUUUUAUAUGUGUAUAUCCAGUAUAUGAAUAGUCCUACAAUUGGCCUAUAUUAUAAGAAUCCAUUGUAACAAUAACUACUCUAUAUCUUUCUUUGCAAAUAUAACCAGUUUAAAAAAAGCAUGUGUCUAAUUUGCCCGCAAUAAAACUGUCA